UCAAGGUAGAAUAUUUGUUUUGCUAUGGUCGAGAGAGCAUUUUGAAUAUGUGACGUCACUUAUGUAGCAACGCUAAGCGUCACAUGCUGCAUUAGUAAUACUCUAUAUCAGGAUUUACCUGAGCGCAAGCCGAUAUAAAUUUAAAGGCAACAGCAGGAAACAGCAAUUCGUAGUUUACCGGCAAAGCGAGCACGUCGUGGAUAGUGUUGUACGUUAUUCCAACCAAAACCAAUAAAGCUUAUACGGAUGGCCUAGUCAAUUUUGCGGCCGCUCCGCCAAGUUAAAUUAAUACUGCAUGUUACAGACUAUGAUGGAAAGAAACCCCUUUGAGUUGGACCCAGUGCUGGAAAAUUCUGUGGACAUCCAAGAACUUUUCAACAACUCCACUCAGGUUAAUGACGAGGCUUUAGAGAAGCUUAUCUUGGAUAUUAAAUCUAACGACAUUGUCCAGAGCGUAGGAGGUGGAAGUGAGGACUUUACAACAUUAGUAAACGCUACUCCCGUCACUGUGCAGGCCCAGCCCGUGUCAGAUCAGUCCCUCAUAGAGCAGCUCAGCAGUUUCGACAACUUUGAGUUUGUACUCAACACGGAUCCGGUGUCCAAUUGUUUACAAUCGGUAAGAGAAACACUUCAUUCUACAGGGUCAACAGGGUCAGACGACUUCGACCACUCAUCGUCUGCAUCUUGCGUGGACUCGGACACCUCGGAUCAAGACCUUUCAUCUUUUGUGACCCCACCCCCAAGUCCCAUGGACGUGGAAUACACACCUCGGCCUCGGGGACGACCUGGAAGGAAGCCGUCCGCUGGCGGACCGGUGAAAAAGAAAAGGCAGCCCGAAAAAGGUACACGUGAAUAUUUUGAAAAACGAGCCAGAAACAAUCUUGCAAUUCGCAAAUGUCGUGAAAAAGCUAAGCUGAAACAAGUAGAAAUGGAAGAUCGAAUGCAAUAUCUAGAAUCUGAAAACAUGCAGCUUAAAGGCAAAUUGGACCUUAUGACAAAGCAACUUGAACUUUUGAAAGACUUUGUGGUCUCAAAUGGUUCCAAUCUUCCAGAGGGCAUUGCAAAGGUAGCGAAAAGCUGACAGUGACUGAAACGACAAUCAUCAAUUCGUUGGUCUCAUCUCCAACAAUUCUUGUUUGGACAUUUUACAGUAUGACUUUUUUUUGGGGGUAAUUUACUAUCAUGUAGCCAGAUGUAUGUCGGUAUUUUUGUUAUCAGAUUUGCAUCACUGACAUUUUAUACAAUGUCUUUUCUGAAUUAAUAGUAUCUUUGAAAUGGCAAGCAAUUUUCAUAUCAUAUUACAUUUACGUGCAUACAGUCAGCCUGAACACUGCCCUAAUUUUUAAACCCAUACCAAAUUCACCCUAAACCCUCGUCACGAUUUUAUUUGUUGAUUGAAGGUGGUCAUGCGAAAACCAUUAUUCAGGUAUUUAAAAACCCUAGUAAUCAAUGAAGUAUUAUAGAGUCAAUGUGAAUAUUUGGAACGCUUUCUAUUCAAAACAAAAGACCUUGAAAAAUAUCAACUGUUAAAAUCGCCAUAGGGUCUUGGUUACAUAGUUGACUGUACGCCCUCAACUGCAUUUUGUCAUGUCACUACCAGUUUCUAGUAACUGAAGAACUGCGAGCAGUUCUGUGUAUAUGCUGUGUAUAUAUAUUUUUAUACAUUCCAGUAGAACUGAAAUGUUUUGUGUAUAUGCAGUCAUUGUCGAUUGAUGCAAUGGUUCGCAUAGCGAAUGUUAAUAAAUUUAUUUCAUAAAUUAUAA